AUGAGUUACUGGGAAUGUAAUUACAUCUUUAGAACUAAGUAUUUUGAACAUAUUAAACUGUACACAAGAUACCUCGACGAUAUAUUUAUCGUAUGGGAUGAGAAUAAGGAUAUGUUGGAAUCAUUUUUAGGGUAUAUUAAUAAUACGCAACAGCAGUCAGUACUGCGGAGUCAGGAACAGCAGCAACAGUUAGUAAAGAGGAGUAAGGAACAACAGCAGCAGUUAGUACACAGGAGUAAGGAACAGCAGCAACAGUCAGUACAGAGGAGUAAGGAACAGCAGCAACAGUCAGUACAGAGGAGUAAGGAACAGCAGCAACAGUUAGUACAGAGGAGUAAGGAACAGCAGCAAAAGUCAGUACAGAGGAGUAAGGAACAGCAGCAACAGUUAGUACAGAGGAGUAAGGAACAACAGCAGCAGUUAGUACAGAGGAGUAAGGAACAGCAGCAACAGUCAGUACAGAGGAGUAAGGAACAGCAGCAACAGUCAGUACAGAGGAGUAAGGAACAGCAGCAACAGUUAGUACAGAGGAGUAAGGAACAGCAGCAAAAGUCAGUACAGAGGAGUAAGGAACAGCAGCAACAGUUAGUACAGAGGAGUAAGGAACAACAGCAGCAGUUAGUACAGAGGAGUAAGGAACAGCAGCAACAGUUAGUACAGAGGAGUAAGGAACAGCAGCAGCAGUUAGUACAGAGGAGUAAGGAACAACAGCAAACGUUAGUACAGAGGAGUAAGGAACAACAGCAGCAGUUAGUACAGAGGAGUAAGGAACAACAGCAACAGUCAGUACAGAGGAGUAAGGAACAGCAGCAGCAGUUAGUACAGAGGAGUAAGGAACAGCAGCAAAAGUCAGUACAGAGGAGUAAGGAACAGCAGCAACAGUUAGUACAGAGGAGUAAGGAACAACAGCAGCAGUUAGUACACAGGAGUAAGGAACAACAGCAACAGUUAGUACAGAGGAGUAAGGAACAACAGCAGCAGUUAGUACAGAGGAGUAAGGAACAACAGCAACAGUCAGUACAGAGGAGUAAGGAACAGCAGCAACAGUUAGUACAGAGGAGUAAGGAACAGCAGCAAAAGUCAGUACAGAGGAGUAAGGAACAGCAGCAACAGUUAGUACAGAGGAGUAAGGAACAACAGCAGCAGUUAGUACACAGGAGUAAGGAACAGCAGCAACAGUCAGUACAGAGGAGUAAGGAACAGCAGCAACAGUCAGUACAGAGGAGUAAGGAACAGCAGCAACAGUUAGUACAGAGGAGUAAGGAACAGCAGCAAAAGUCAGUACAGAGGAGUAAGGAACAGCAGCAACAGUUAGUACAGAGGAGUAAGGAACAACAGCAGCAGUUAGUACAGAGGAGUAAGGAACAGCAGCAACAGUUAGUACAGAGGAGUAAGGAACAGCAGCAGCAGUUAGUACAGAGGAGUAAGGAACAACAGCAACAGUUAGUACAGAGGAGUAAGGAACAACAGCAGCAGUUAGUACAGAGGAGUAAGGAACAACAGCAACAGUCAGUACAGAGGAGUAAGGAACAGCAGCAGCAGUUAGUACAGAGGAGUAAGGAACAGCAGCAACAGUCAGUACAGAGGAGUAAGGAACAGCAGCAACAGUCAGUACAGAGGAGUAAGGAACAACAGCAGCAGUCAGUACAGAGGAGUAAGGAACAGCAGCAACAGUCAGUACAGAGGAGUAAGGAACAGCAGCAACAGUCAGUACAGAGGAGUAAGGAACAACAGCAGCAGUCAGUACAGAGGAGUAAGGAACAGCAGCAACAGUCAGUACAGAGGAGUAAGGAACAGCAGCAGCAGUUAGUACAGAGGAGUAAGGAACAGCAGCAGCAGUUAGUACAGAGGAGUAAGGAACAACAGCAACAGUUAGUACAGAGGAGUAAGGAACAACAGCAGCAGUUAGUACAGAGGAGUAAGGAACAACAGCAGCAGCAGUUAUUACAGAGGAGUAAGGAACAGCAGCAGCAGUUAGUACAGAGGAGUAAGGAACAACAGCAACAGUUAGUACAGAGGAGUAAGGAACAGCAGCAAAAGUCAGUACAGAGGAGUAAGGAACAGCAGCAACAGUUAGUACAGAGGAGUAAGGAACAACAGCAGCAGUUAGUACAGAGGAGUAAGGAACAGCAGCAGUUAGUACAGAGGAGUAAGGAACAACAGCAGCAGUUAGUACAGAGGAGUAAGGAACAACAGCAGCAGUUAGUACAGAGGAGUAAGGAACAACAGCAACAGUCAGUACAGAGGAGUAAGGAACAGCAGCAGCAGUUAGUACAGAGGAGUGAGGAACAGCAGCAAAAGUCAGUACAGAGGAGUAAGGAACAGCAGCAACAGUUAGUACAGAGGAGUAAGGAACAACAGCAGCAGUUAGUACACAGGAGUAAGGAACAACAGCAACAGUUAGUACAGAGGAGUAAGGAACAACAGCAGCAGUUAGUACAGAGGAGUAAGGAACAACAGCAACAGUCAGUACAGAGGAGUAAGGAACAGCAGCAACAGAGUAAGGAACAGCAGCAACAGUCAGUACAGAGGAGUAAGGAACAGCAGCAACAGUCAGUACAGAGGAGUAAGGAACAGCAGCAACAGUUAGUACAGAGGAGUAAGGAACAGCAGCAAAAGUCAGUACAGAGGAGUAAGGAACAGCAGCAACAGUUAGUACAGAGGAGUAAGGAACAACAGCAGCAGUUAGUACAGAGGAGUAAGGAACAGCAGCAACAGUUAGUACAGAGGAGUAAGGAACAGCAGCAGCAGUUAGUACAGAGGAGUAAGGAACAACAGCAACAGUUAGUACAGAGGAGUAAGGAACAACAGCAGCAGUUAGUACAGAGGAGUAAGGAACAACAGCAACAGUCAGUACAGAGGAGUAAGGAACAGCAGCAGCAGUUAGUACAGAGGAGUAAGGAACAGCAGCAACAGUCAGUACAGAGGAGUAAGGAACAGCAGCAACAGUCAGUACAGAGGAGUAAGGAACAACAGCAGCAGUCAGUACAGAGGAGUAAGGAACAGCAACAGUCAGUACAGAGGAGUAAGGAACAGCAGCAACAGUCAGUACAGAGGAGUAAGGAACAACAGCAGCAGUCAGUACAGAGGAGUAAGGAACAGCAGCAACAGUCAGUACAGAGGAGUAAGGAACAGCAGCAGUUAGUACAGAGGAGUAAGGAACAGCAGCAGCAGUUAGUACAGAGGAGUAAGGAACAACAGCAACAGUUAGUACAGAGGAGUAAGGAACAACAGCAGCAGUUAGUACAGAGGAGUAAGGAACAACAGCAGCAGCAGUUAUUACAGAGGAGUAAGGAACAGCAGCAGCAGUUAGUACAGAGGAGUAAGGAACAACAGCAACAGUUAGUACAGAGGAGUAAGGAACAACAGCAGCAGUUAGUACAGAGGAGUAAGGAACAACAGCAGCAGUUAGUACAGAGGAGUAAGGAACAGCAGCAGCAGUUAGUACCGAGGAGUAAGGAACAACAGCAACAGUUAGUACAGAGGAGUAAGGAACAACAGCAGCAGUUAGUACAGAGGAGUAAGGAACAGCAGCAGCAGUUAGUACAGAGGAGUAAGGAACAACAGCAGCAGUUAAUACAGAGGAGUAAGGAACAACAGCAGCAGUUAGUACAGAGGAGUAAGGAACAGCAGCAACAGUUAGUACAGAGGAGUAAGGAACAGCAGCAACAGUUAGUACAGAGGAGUAAGGAACAGCAGCAGCACUCAAUAUGGAGGAGUAAGAAAAAGCAUCAGCAGUCAAUAUGGAGGAGUAAGGAACAACAGCAGCAGUCAGUACAGAGGAGUAAGGAACAGCAGCAGCAGUCAGUACAGAGGAGUAAGGAACAACAGCAGCAGUUAGUACAGAGGAGUAAGGAACAGCAGCAACAGUUAGUACAGAUGAGUAAGGAACAGCAGCAGCAGUCAAUAUGGAGGAGUAAGGAGCAGCAACAGUCAGUAUGGAGGAGUCAGGAACAGCAUCAGCAGUCAGUAUGGAGGAGUCAGGAACAGCAUCAGCAGUCAAUAUGGAGGAGUAAGGAGCAGCAGCAGUCAGUAUGGAGGAGUAAGGAGCAGCAACAGACAGUAUGGAGGAGUCAGGAACAGCAUCAGCAGUCAGUAUGGAGGAGUCCGGAACAGCAUCAGCAGUCAAUAUGGAGCAGCAGUCAGUACGGAGGGGUAAGGAACAGCAUCAGCAGUCAAUGUGGAGGAGUAAGGAGCAGCAGCAGUCAGUACGGAGGGGUAAGGAACAGCAGCAGCAGUCAGUAUGGAGGAGUAACGAACAGCAGCAGCAGUCAGUAUGGAGCAGCAGUCAGUAUGGAGGGGUAA